AGGGGUAUUUUAUUUUUUUAAAGACUUGCUAAAAUAGUGAGCUCGCUGUUGUUUUGACUGGGGAAUAAACCUGCAGAAAACAGACCGCGCCGUAAGGAAAAUGCAUAACGAAUAGAUGGCAAAAAUACAUUGCUAGCACAGAGUCAUUGGAGGCAGGUUCUGGGCAGACUGCUAUGGGAAGAUAAAACAACAAACAGUCUUUCAGACGCCCCCCCCCCGUUCUAAUAACAAAGCCACUUUUACAGCCCUCAAUAACCGGGAGUCACACCAUUGCAUUUGAUGUAAGAACCAGUUUGUUCUGCAUGACUGGGUGACGCCAGGCGCCCUCUCAUUACACACUAGCCUAAUACUAGGUUGGUUCCAACCGGCUACGCACUUCUCCAGGACUGCUGAACAACCACCGUGCUGCAUUGGUUUUUUAUUCUACACGUGUCGUCAGUAUGGCUCAACUGAAGUUAUCACUUUGCGUGUUGGUGUCUAUUUCUUUCGCCUCGGUUUUGACCACAGACAGCUCCAUUCAGUUUGCGUCCGAAAGUCUCAGUUCCUCUUCGUUUCGCUCGGUGUGUAAGCCCAUCCCCAGCACACUUUCUCUGUGCCACGGCGUCGGUUACGGGGAUAUGCGGCUGCCCAAUCUGCUGGGGCACGACUCAUUGAAAGAAGUCCAGCAACAGUCGGCCGCCUGGCUGCCGUUGGUCUCCAAACUCUGCCAUCGGGAUACCAAGAAGUUCUUGUGCUCGCUAUUCGCCCCGGUGUGCCUACCGGAGGGGCCCGUGCGCCCCUGCCGUGGGCUGUGCGAGGCUGUGAGGGACAGUUGUCUCCCUGUGAUGAGCGCGUUCGGGUUCCCGUGGCCCGACAUGUUCAACUGCACACAGUUCCCACGCGGGGUCCAUCUCUGUAUUCCCACCACCACCCAAGACACACAGCGUGCGCGGAAGGGAGAGGAAGUGGGUCACGAGGAGGCAUCAGAGGGAACAGUGAUCUGUGACUCAUGCAGUCUGGCUGCUGAGGGGGAGACAGACAUCCAGAACAACUUCUGCAAGAGUCCAUAUGCCUUUAAACUGCUUAUCGGGAGUGUGUCUGUGGAGGGGGGUGACUGCAGGUUAGUCCCUCUGGGCCGGAGUCGCAUCCUGAGGUGGGAGGGUGGAGGCACGGAGAGGGCUGAGGGCGUCCGGGGGGCAAUGGCCUACAGUGCCCUUUGGCUGCAGGAAGGGGGUACCUGCACCUGUCCUGCCCUGGAGGAGGCAAAUGGGGGAGAGGGGAAGGGGUCCGUGGCAGGGGUGUGGUACCUGGGCCUUGCUGACAUACAGGAGGGCAGGUUGAUCCUCUCUAGGCUUGUGAGAUGGAGGAAGGGGGACAAAGAACUCAAGAAGUUCAUCAGGAGACUGCUCAAACAACCCUGCUGAUGAUGUCAUCAAACAAGCAUAAAGAGACUUUCCAAUUUGGCCAAUUGGAUGCGUAUGAGAGGACACCACAGCCCUGUUACAUGUCAGCCUCUUGGCCUAGACCCUAUCCCUUCAAUAUCCCUUCAAUAUCCCUUUCAUAUCCCUUCAAUAUCCCUUUCAUAUCCCUUCAAUAUCCCUUCAAUAUCCCUUUCAUAUCCCUUCAAUAUCCCUUCAAUAUCCCUUCAAUAUCCCUUCAAUAUCCCUUUCAUAUCCCUUCAAUAUCCCUUCAAUAUCCCUUUCAUAUCCCUUUCAUAUCCCUUCAAUAUCCCUUCAAUAUCCCUUUCAUAUCCCUUCAAUAUCCCUUCAAUAUCCCUUUCAUAUCCCUUCAAUAUCCCUUUCAUAUCCCUUCAAUAUCCCUUCAAUAUCCCUUUCAUAUCCCUUCAAUAUCCCUUCAAUAUCCCUUCAAUAUCCCUUUCAUAUCCCUUCAAUAUCCCUUCAAUAUCCCUUUCAUAUCCCUUAUAUCCCUUCAAUAUCCCUUCAAUAU